UAUACAUUUAAUAAUAAGAUUAGGUUAUUAUUAUUUAAUAAGGAAUGUUCAAUAAAGUAUGUUUAUCAGUACAAACCAAAAAAACUAAAUAUUUCCGGAAACAGUUCAGAAAUUGCGAUGUAUAAAGGGCGUUUGUAUGGGAAAAUAUAAUUUAUAAUUGUCCACUUUUUUCAUGCACAGUAAAAGCAUACUCUGUCAUUUCACUCAUAUUCCAAAUUUAGGGAUGUAUUGGUUAAGAUCUUUAUUAUUCUACAAGACCUUCUUAUUAUUUAGCUUUUUCACUACGUUUGUAUUAUCAUGUUCUCCAAAGGUCAAUAAUGGGGUUGUUUUUACAAUAAAUCAAUCAAAUACCAAUACUCGAUUGCAACUAAAUCCUAGUGAUGCAAAACCGGGUAAUGCUAUUUAUACAGUAGAUUUUAGUAAUAGUAAACCAAGUAAACCAAAAGAUUACGAAAUUUUUCUGUUAACACAACCUAAACCUGGUUUAUAUGAGCUUCGACCGUUUAAAGACAACCACACACUUGUUAUUGAAAUGAACGCCGUAGCUCCUUUUGUACUAAAUCAUACCACCAAUUCAGAUAAUCAAUUAUUACAUUUGCCUUUUCCUUUUUUUUUUAAUAUUAAGAGUAUUAGUUCUGAUAAUCAAAGAUUUAGUAUCGAUUGUGCUAAAUGUAAUAUCAAACCAAAUUCUACUGAUUGGACACAAUAUCAUACUUCAUGUUCGAUAAAAAAUAAAUCAUCUAACCUUUGCAUGAACAGUACAGGUCCUAAUAAUAAUUUGACGCAAUCUAAAUGUGGAGAUGCGACAAAAUGGGAUCUUUGGGGGAGUUCUUUUGUAGAUUCGAGUCCAACUGCUUCUGCAGGUCCGAGUCCAACUGCUUCUGCAGGUCCGAGUCCAACUGCUUCUGCAGGUCCUAGUCCAACUGCUUCUGCAGAUUCGAGUUGUAGUACGCCUACGAUAAAAACUGAUCCUAAUAACGUUCAAAUCUCAAAAGGUGGACUUGUAGCAAUAAUUCUUGGAUCUAUAAUUGGAUCGAGUCUUAUUACUCUCGCGACCAGUUAUUGGUUUAUCGGCGACCAGUUAUGGGUUUAUCGGUUUAUCCAACGUAAAAGAAUUUAUCCCGGCCAUGCACUAAAUACAUAGUAAAAUAACAAUAAUUGAUUUUAUUAAUACAGAUUUUAAAAGUCUCUUUAGUGAUAUUAUUAAUAGAUUUUUUUAAAUUAUGAUAAAUUAAAUUUUGAUUUAUAUAAAUUAUCAGAUGAAUAGAAAACUUUUUAUAAUGUAUUAGGGAGGAUUGUAACAAUUUG